AGUUUUUUUAUAGUUUUGUAACAGGUUAUUGGUGAUUUUACCAACUAGGUAGAGAGUAAUUCUCAAUGAGAAGAAUCUGUAGGCCUUGGCGUUAACACCAGGACAAUAAAUACUGGAAGAAACUUAUUCCAGAUUCCUUUCGUUACUAUUUUGCUUAUCUGCUUAGACAUUCCCUUUCUAGCAUUUAUCAAACUUCCCCACAGACAUUGUCAGGUCGGAGUGUGACAUCCUGCCUCCAGGAGCCGAGGGUCGGGGCAGGUCCUACACUAACCCACGCAAAAAGUGUUUGACAUUUCAUGUUUAUAUUAAGAAUAGAUGCAUAUCUUGCCUUAUAGCAUUAUGUUUGUUUCAUAUUAAUAUCUGAAAUGACUUACUUAUUGAGCAAAAUUGAGGCCCCAAACAGAUGCACUGUUUCUAGUCUUUGGUGUCAUAGAGGCCUAGGGCACUAAGAGAUUUUUCAUGAUUGGGAAGCAAGAUGUGAAAUUUAUUUGUGUGAAAUAAAAUUAAACUUUUUAAUGUUUUAAACAUCAGAUUUAUAAGGUAAAGAAAACUACAUUGCAUCAAAAGUCUGCUUCAGAAGUUGCAGUUUGUUAUUUACAUCUUCUUUUGAACAUCGACAUUUCUAUUUAGUUAAGAUUUUUAUAUGUAAGACCAACAACAACCACAACCAUUGAUUGAUUGAUUGAUUGAUUGGGAGUAUUCCUCCCAAGGUCAGAGCAGUAUUGGAUCUGAUAACAGCCUGAAGACCUGGAGCGGUAAAAUACUGUAAUCUGAUGGGCCGUAUUUUACUAUUUUUACCUACAAUCUAUUUGCUUGCUUUACUAUCAUUUUAUUCAGAUUAUACAUCUUGCAGGCCUAUAGUGAUGAAGAGAGUAGUUCAUUUCACUCACAUUAUGUAAUGCAGAAUUUUUUCUUUGUUAGUUUUGUAGGAAAUUGUGAGAUUGAUUUGGAGAUCAAACGAUAUUUUUGUAGAGCUGGUGUGAAAAGUAUCCAGAUUCAUGGCACCAUGCGGGUGAUGCUGGAGCCGUUGAUCGGAGACAUGCCCUUAGUUGGAGCUUUGUCUGUCUUCUUCCUUAGGAAACCACUUUUAGAAAUUAACUGGACAGGACUGACGAAUCUUCUGGAUAUCCCUGGAUUGAAAGAGAGAUCUCACUAUGUUUCUCAGACUGGCCUCAACCCCCUGGGCUCAAGGGCUCUUCCUGCCUCAACCUCCCAAGUAGCUGAACUAUAGACUUGAACCACUGCCUCCCUUCUCCUCGUCGUCUUUGUAGAUUUUAUAUAUACUUAAUACAAUGAACCACUGCAGCUUCUCUUGUCUUUUAUGCAAAUUUUAUAUAUGUAAUACAAAAAUAUACUCAUAUAUAUAGAAUUAUGUCAUUAAAAAUAUAUCCUUAUAUAACAGAUAAAUACAUACACGUUCAAAAAAUAGGCUGCUGUAUAAAAGGAGAUGUAAAAAUAUCUCUUCUGAGUUUAUAUAUAUAGGUAUACAUAAUUCAUACACAAUCAUGUAGAUUUUAUAUAAUACAAUUAUGUUUACAUAAAUGUUAUGUACUGAAAUUUAAUAGGUAUGUAUGUAAAAUUGGGGCUACUAGUUCUCACUGAGUCUAUCAAAUAAAUCACAGCUAUAGCA